AUGGGAUUAAGGCUCAGAAAGGCGCUUGGAGCUAAGAACCUGUUAGUCCAAAAUGAUUCAAAGCUAGUGAUCGGGCAGAUCAGGGGGGAGUAUGAAGCAAAGGAAGAGAGAUUGCAGAAAUAUCUCAAGCUAACGAAACAUCUGACUCAGGAGUUCAAUAUGGUGGAAUUCGUACAGAUCCCAAGAAGUCAGAAUAUGGGGGAAGACGAAGUUUCAAAGCUAUCAUCGUCAGAAGAAGGGGAGAUUAGCACGGACUUGGUGAUGGAAGUCCAGAAACACCCAAGCAUUGAAGAAGUCCCAACAUUCACAAUCCGGAGCUGGGUUGAAGCAGAGGCUCUAGCAGCAAUCACCGAGGCAAGAAUUCGGAGCUUUGUGUGGAAGAAUAUAAUCUGCAGGUUAGGGAUUCCAUUGACGAUUAUAUCAGAUAAUGGGAGGCAGUUCGGCAGCCAAGGCUUUAGAGACUUCUGUUCAAACCUUGGAAUCAAGAACCAAUUCUCGUCCCCAGGGCAUCCCCCAGGCAAACGAACAGACGGAAGUAACGAAUCGAACGCUGCUCAAGAUUAUCAAAGGCAAGCUGGACGACGCGAAGGGUGCCUGACAGAAGAAUUACCAAAUGUCAUGUGGGCUUAUAGAACCACGGCGAGAACCCCAACAGGAGAAACCCCCUUCAGGCUUACCUAUGGCACUGAAGUAGUAAUCCUGAUCGAAGUGGGAGUAACAAGCAUCAGGCGAGAGACAUUCAAUGAAGAGUGCAAUGACGACGAACUACGACUCAACCUGGAUUGUUUGGACGAAGUAAGAGACAAAACUUCCAGCAAAAUGACAAAGUACCAGCUAAAAAUGGCCGAAUACUACAAUAAGAGGGUUAAACUCAGACGACUAGACAUAGGUGACCUUGUCCUGCGCAAGAUCACCACUGCAACUAAAGACCCUGCCCAAGGAAACCUUGGCCCCACAUGGGAAGGACCUUACCGAGUCGUCCACUACUCAAGGUCUAGUCAGCCGUACAACAUAAAAUGGCUAAGUAACAAGAUUCCGCCUUGA